CUGCGUCAAUGCAGCUGUGGAGUGCGAUUUUGACAGCCAGCGUUAGUUCAUGAUACGCGAAACAGACUAAAAGGAAACCACUGAGCCUCAUUACAAUGCAUAUCUGUCUUAGUGUGGAUAGGCAGUGCGUGAGGAUGGAUAUAAUACCGAUAGGUCGUGGUUGCAAUUUGGAACAUAUAAUCGCCCCCUCUUUAUCUUCACCGUUCUUUCUAUUCUUUAUCUUUUCGCAGGUACUUCAGUCAUGGGACUCGACGCUCGAGGCAUUAUUGCAAUCGUUGAGAUUGUUCUUUACGUCCCCAUCCUCGCUACCAGUGCGUUUCUUACCCUGCGACAUGGCUUGGCACGCACAUCUGGCUGGAUCUUUUUGGUUAUUCUGUCGAUAAUUCGUAUCGUCGGUGGAUCGAUUCAUUUAGCUUCGGAAGUAGGAGACCCAAACAAUAUCACACUCAAAAUUGUGUUUAGUAUCCUAGAAGGAGCGGGUCUAUCACCUCUCCUCCUUGCCACGAUUGGGUUUCUAGUAACUGUUGCACAGCACGCAUUUGAGCCAUCUGUAACUCGUGCAUUGCAUCUAUUUGGAAUGCUAAGCGGAACCUCACUUGCAUUGACAAUCGUUGGAGGCACCAAGAUCGCCAACGCUGAUGGUGACGAGUCAAAGCUCAACUCGGGCGCAACCUUAAGACAUGUCGGAGCCAUCUUAUUCCUUGUUCUUUACAUUCUACUCUUUUUCGUGCAUGGAUUCUACUGGACUCAGAAGCACAAGAUUAUGAAGUACAGACGCAAGCUACUUGCCGGCGUCUCAACCGCUCUACCCUUCCUCGGUGUGCGCGUCCUCUACAGCGUUCUUUCUGCCUUUUCACCGGUGUUACCAAACUCAGCCGGUGGUCUUUCCAAAUUCAACAGUUCCACUGGAGCUUGGGAGAUCUACUUUUUCAUGGGAAUCGUCGCAGAAUUUAUUGUCGUUUCGGUGUACACAUUCGUUGGCAUUAGGACACCUCUACAGGAGGAUUACUCCUCGACGAGGGGGAUGACUGAGCGAUGGGCGGAGGAUGAGGAAGAUUCUCAGUACAUGAUGUCGAAGUCUGGACAAUACGGGAACCCAUGAGAAGACCCAUACUGAGGAGGCUAUGUAUUUUAUUCUGUUUCUGUCCCAGAGCUGCGCUUUGAAGGAUGGUCUUAGAUGUGUAUAUGCCUCUCUAAUUUAUGAAUCUGCUCAGCGCUGUGGAUGACAGUUACUUACAUUCAAUGACGGUGUCACUGAAUCACUGAUAGUAGUUACACUCUGACACAAAACAUCCCCAGGUGACUGUAAUAAUAUCAUACAGGUGGA